UCUCUCUCUCUCUCAUAUUGUGGGUGUAGAAUCUUGAAAUUUGGUGUAUUGUGGAGAUAUAUAGAUACAUAAACCAAUACACGUACAUGCAUGAUGUUGGUUAAUGGUGAUCAUAGGAUGAUGAAGGUUGAUUCUUCUUCAUCAAAGUCAAAAAGAAAGCAUUUUGGAAAUAACUAUAAUAUACAAGAAGAAGAAAAUGUAAUGCAUGAAGUUGUGGAUUUGAGUAGAAUGUCUUUAGACACUCUUCCUUUAAAAUCUCAUCUCAAUUUAGGGAUUAUAUAUAAAUUGGAUAUUUCCAAUAACAACUUGCAGGUAAUUCCAGAGUCCUUAACAGCAAGACUAUUAAAUGUAGGGGUGUUGGAUGUACAUUCAAACCAACUCAGAAAACUCCCAAAUUCAAUUGGUUGUUUGACAAAACUUAAGACCCUCAACAUUUCAGGAAAUCAUCUUCAGUCCCUCCCAAAAACUAUUGAAAAUUGCAGAGCACUAGAAGAUUUGAAUGCAAAUUUCAAUCAGUUAACCAAGUUACCAGAUACUAUCGGAUUUGAACUUAUAAAUCUGAAGAAGUUAUCGGUUAACUCAAACAAGCUCACCUAUCUCCCUUCGUCCACCUCCCACUUAACUAAACUUCGCCACCUUGACGCUCGUCUCAAUCACCUUCGCUCCCUACCCGAGGACCUUGAAAAUCUAAUCAACUUGGAAGUUCUUAAUAUUAGCCAAAACUUCCAAGACCUUGAGGCUUUACCUUAUUCCAUAGGUGUCCUUUUUUCCCUUGUUGAAUUGGAUGUUAGUUACAACAAGAUUAGCACCUUGCCGGAAUCCAUGGGUUGCCUAAGACGACUUAGAAAGCUAAACGUGGAAGGAAACCCUUUGGUGUCUCCACCACCAGAGGUGGUGGAGCUAGGGUUACAUAUGAUUAAAGAAUAUCUAAGUGAGAAGAUGAAUGGAGCUCAUCAAAACUCUCCUAAGAAGAGGUCUUGGAUAGGAAAGCUAAAGAAGUAUAGCACAUUUAGUGGGAUUCGCACAACGCAAGGAGGAUCUUCCGUUCCUAGCUAUCAAACAAUUGAUGCACUCGCUUCCCCAAGGCACACGGGCAUGUUUUCACCUCGACGUAUCUUCUCCCCCAGAAGCUAUUUUACUAGUAAUUUUUAAGUUUGUUCCUAGUACUUUUAUCAUUU